GGGCCCCGCUUCACUCCUAAUGGUGGCCGGUCCGGGGCGGGUGGCUGCGGCGCUGCGGAUCCGCCCGGAGAGCGCUGCUCCCUCUGCCCGCCGCCCGCCGGGCAGGCCGGGCCGCCGCGCCAUGGCCCCGCGUUGGCUCGGCCGCCUCUGCCUCCUGCUUCUCUGCCUCUGCGGGGAGGCCGCCGCCGGGAGGGACUUCUACAAGAUCCUGGGGGUCUCCCGCGGCGCCUCCAUCAAGGACAUCAAGAAGGCCUACCGGAAACUGGCGCUGCAGCUCCAUCCCGACAGGAACCCCGACGACCCCCGGGCGCAGGAGAAGUUCCAGGACCUGGGGGCGGCCUACGAGGUGCUGUCAGAUGAGGAGAAGAGGAAGCAGUACGAUGCCUAUGGUGAGGAGGGCUUGAAGGAUGGUCACCAGAGCUCCCAUGGAGACAUCUUCUCACACUUCUUCGGGGACUUUGGAUUCAUGUUUGGAGGUAACCCCCGCCAACAAGACCGGAACAUUCCCCGAGGAAGCGACAUCAUUGUGGACCUGGAGGUUACACUGGAGGAGGUGUAUUCAGGAAACUUCGUAGAAGUUGUCAGGAACAAGCCAGUGGCAAGACAGGCACCUGGCAAACGGAAAUGCAAUUGCCGGCAGGAGAUGAGGACCACCCAGUUGGGUCCUGGACGUUUCCAGAUGACUCAAGAAGUUGUUUGUGAUGAAUGUCCAAAUGUCAAGCUCGUGAAUGAGGAGCGAACACUAGAAGUGGAGAUAGAGCCAGGCGUGCGGGAUGGCAUGGAGUAUCCCUUCAUUGGCGAAGGUGAGCCCCACGUGGAUGGGGAGCCAGGUGAUUUGCGCUUCAGAAUAAAAGUUCUUAAGCACCCAGUCUUUGAAAGAAGGGGCGAUGACUUGUAUACAAACGUGACAAUCUCGCUGGUCGAGGCACUUACAGGCUUUGAAAUGGAUAUUGCCCACUUGGAUGGGCACAAGGUUCACGUUGCUCGGGAUAAAAUUACAAAACCCGGGGCCAAACUGUGGAAGAAAGGAGAAGGUCUUCCAAAUUUUGAUAACAAUAAUAUCAAAGGCUCACUAAUAAUAACGUUUGAUGUGGAGUUCCCCAAAGAGCAACUGACAAACGAACAGCGGGAAGGUCUCAAACAGCUGUUGAAACAAGGAUCGGUGCAGAAGGUGUACAAUGGAUUGCAGGGCUAUUGAUGCGUGGGGAAAGUUGGACUUAACUGAAAAUGAAAAGUCAGAUUUUUUUGCAGUCUUUUCUCCUGCCCACUGUAGAAUGGAAAAGAGGGAGGGUGGGGCAAUUGUUGAGCUAUAUAUAAUUUUUUCUUUGUAAAUGGUGGAAGUGCUCACACAAGUUGGGAAAUACUACCCUUUUCAGGACAUAACUGGUGCUGCCUAUCAUGUUCCACGUCCUGGAACAACAUGCUCCUUGAGCAGAAAAAAAAAAAAAAGGUGGGGAAAGGAGUUUUAAAUUCCACACAGAUUGGAAUUCCUGGUUUUUAAAUAUAUUUUGAUGUGACUUUUCUUGACCAUCUCAA